AUGCUUGCUUUGGGUUACAAUGAAUAUGGUGGUCACCCAGGGCGGAGAUUGGGGCUUCUAGAUAACGCGGCGCCUAGCCCGGCUCGCCGUCCUAACUUCUUCUCCAACCCACUCUCUUUCGUUCUCUCCUACAUCCAACCGUACACUGAGUGGGAAAAGGCGGGACAGGAGCGCACGAAAUGGUUCCGCACUCGCGGUCAAGGCUACCAUGGCCCGCAGUCGACCAAGCCGCAGACGCUGGGGUACGGGCUUGCCGAUUCGCCGGUCGGACUGCUGGCUUGGAUAUACGAGAAGCUGCUUGAUUGGACGGACGAUUAUCCGUGGGACGACGAUGAGGUGCUGACAUGGGUCUCGAGCUACUACUUCUCCCGUGCGGGGCCUACCGCGACGCUGCGCAUCUACUACGAAGUGCUCUGGGGCGAGGACCAGUACCCGCUCCCCGCCGCCAGCCCGACGAUCCCGAUGGGCAUUUCGUACUUCCCGAAGGAGAUCAUCGUGCUUCCGCGGGUGUGGACCCGGCUGCUGGGGAACGUCGUUGCCGAAGCGGAGCACGAAAAAGGCGGGCACUUUGCCGCGCACGAGCAGCCAGAGGCGCUGGUAGGCGACCUGCGCGCCAUGUUUGGUCGCGGUGGCCCGGCGUUUGGCGUGGUCGGCGGACGGAACGGCUACGAUGUGUAG